CUCCUCAUCGGUGUUCAGGAUGUCAGGGACGCAGGAGGAGUGCUCCUGCCUCAAUAACCACUGCCUCGGAGGCAAUUGCUUGUGUUUCAAGGCGAAACAGUUUUGCUCUCUGGGCUGCACGUGCAUUGGCUGCCAGAACACCGAGGAAAACAAGGCUUUGGUCGAUUCACAAUACGAGUUGUACUUGAAGCGGAAGGCUCCCGUCGUUGAUGAGUACCUGAGCGUGCCGCCGGGCGGGUUUCCGGCACCUGAGGGUUUCGUUGGGUGCAGAUGCAAGAAGACCAAAUGCAUGCGCCAAUGUGGUUGCCUUAGGCGCUUUGCCAAGUGCACCUCCAAGUGCACAUGCCAAGAUUGUGCUAACCGCGGGAGCGACAAAAAAACUGAGCGAGGGCAGGUUGAUGGUAACAGCAGCAUAGCUGAGGAACCGGCACAGAUGCAAGAACAACCCACACAGUCUGGGGACAACAGCGGGUCCGGCCAGAACAAACGACCACGAACAGGUGAUUAAUGAUGACGGCCUUCAGUUCAGUUCAGCCACCUUUUGUGCAAUGAUGAUCAUAGUCUUCAGUUCAGAGCAUGUCACCUUUUGUGCAGUGAGGAUGAUGACAGUUUUUAGUUCAGAGUAUGCCGCCUUACCACACCCUCAACGUGACACCCAUUCUCCGUUCAAAUACGCCACUUCAUGUCUGUAGAAUAUGCAAUUGUAACCGCAAAUGGGUUCAGGACUCCUUGUAAUGAUACUUCGGACCUCCACGCACCUCAGUGGUCCCAGAUGUUUGAUCAAACUGGUGUAGUUUCAGUAGACAUUGCUCUCGAUCAAACUGAUAUGGGAGUCCAGAACGUACAAGCUUAAGAAU